AUGAUGGGGAGAGCUCGGAAAGAGGAUGCUUCCAGCCAAAGCCAUCAACGCGAGAUUGCCUGCGAGCAGUUCUCCUGGAGAUCAGAUGUGACAGGAGGGUUUCUGGCUGCGUGGAGGCGCCCUCUGCAGGCUGGCCCCGGUAGUGCAGAGGCUGCCCUGAGUCUGAGCGAGGCAAGGGGCAGGGUCUUCACCCCCGCGGCAGCCGACCAGCCCCCAUGGCGAGUGAGGCGCGGCCUGGGGAAGGCAGGGCUGCCUGGGGAGGACAGCGGCCUGCGAAGUGGCCCUUUAAAAAGACGGUACCCGGUGUGUCCCGGGGAGCAGCCCCCGGAGAGCUGUAGCGCCAAGAUGGAGCAGGCCGCAGCUGGUGCGCAGGCGAAGGACGAGACGCCUGAGGAGGCUGCCAUCUUCCGUGGGUUGCUGGUAGAGGAGAGCGGGGCGUGGGGGGAGAAAGCGGAGGCGCAGAAGCAGGAGGUGGUCGUGGUGGAGGACAUAAUUGAGGAGGUGGAGGUCGUGACCGUGGGGGACGAGGAAGAGCAGGAACAGGCGGAGGAGCAGGAGCAGCGCGAACAGCCCCAGGCCGAGCAGGCCCAGUCUUCGCCUGGACCCUCCAGCACCCAGCGCUACCUGGAGGCCCUGCAGGCCUUGGAGGCCCUUCAAAUGGAGAUAUGGCCUGUGAACACCAAGGCCAGCAGGGCCUACUUUCGCCUGAGGAGUAAGCUGGUGCAGAGUUGUAAGCCACACCUCGGCCGCAGAAGCGCCAUCAUUCAGGGCAUCCCAGGAUUCUGGGUCAAAGCAGUUGCAAACCACCCUCAGAUGUCAGCCUUGGUCAGUGAGAAAGAUGAAGACAUGCUCAGCUACCUGAUCAAUUUGGAGGUAGAGAAUUUCAUCCAUCCCAAUAAUGGCUGCAAAAUCAUAUUUUUCUUUUGGAGGAACCCCUGUUUUCGGAAUGAAGUGAUCAUUAAGGGAUAUGACAUUACCAUCACUGGAUAUACGGCAUUUUAUUCCACUCCGAUCCAGUGGUUCCAGAAUUAUGAAUGUGAGGCUCACGGCCUCAGGCAUCAUGACACCAGCGUUAACUUCUUCACCUGGUUGUCUCUUCCCAACUUCUCAGGGUGUAACAGGAUUACUGAGAUCAUCAACAAGGACCUAUGGAUUAAUCCCCUGAAGUACGACCUGAGUGAGGGCAGAACCAGGACAGGAAUGGGGAGAGACCAGAUUCGGUCUGUUGGAGCCAGGACCUUCAGGGUGGCCUUAGGAGGACCCACGGAGAAGUGUGUGGGAAAAGUAGGGAGAGGAGGAGGCUUCCAGCAGGAAGCACUUGUCCUGUGCCACAGUCAGCACAGGAAAGUUUCUGGCUGGGUGGGGUGA